AUGAGCGUUGUCGGUAUUGAUCUCGGUGCGCAGAGCACCAAGAUCGGUGUUGCCCGGAACAAGGGUAUUGACAUUAUCACCAAUGAGGUUUCCAACCGACAAACCCCAUCCCUGGUCGGAUUCACCGCCCGCAGCAGACACAUCGGCGAGGCCGCCAAGACAGGAGAGACGUCGAACCUGAAGAACACCGUCGGCUCGCUCAAGCGCCUGAUCGGCCGCACGUUCGAUGACCCCGAUGUCCAGAUUGAGCAACAGUAUAACUCCGCGGCCCUCUGUGACGUCAAUGGUCUGGCCGGUGUUGAGGUCAACUACCUUGGCAAGAAGGAGAAGUUCACGGCAACCCAGCUGGUUGCCAUGUUCCUGACCAAGAUCAAGGACAUCACCUCCAAGGAGCUUAAGCUGCCUGUCUCCGAUGUCACCAUCAGUGUCCCCGCCUGGUUCACCGAUGUCCAGCGUCGGGCCAUGAUCGAUGCGGCUGACAUUGCUGGUCUCAAUGCUCUCCGUCUCAUCAACGACACCACCGCCACUGCCCUCGGCUACGGUAUCACCAAGCUGGACCUGCCCGGUCCCGAUGAGAAGCCCCGCCGUGUCGUCUUCAUCGACAUCGGUGCUAGCGACUACACUGCCUCUAUUGUCGAGUUCCGCAAGGGUGAGCUGAACGUCAAGGCUACUGCCUGCGACCGUCACUUCGGUGGCCGCAACUUCGACGUCGCCCUGACCGAACGCCUGGCCGAUGAGUUCAAGGAGAAGUUCAAGAUCGAUAUCCGCACCCACCCCAAGGCCUGGUCCCGCACUCUUGCCGCCGCCGAGAAGCUCAAGAAGGUCCUCUCGGCCAACCCGCAAGCCCCCAUGAGCAUCGAGUCUCUGAUGGAGGACACCGAUGUCCGCACCAUCAUGAAGCGUGAGGACCUCGAGGAGAUGGUCAAGCCCCUUUUGGACCGGAUCACCGUCCCUCUGGAGCAGGCUCUCGCCGAGGCCAAGCUUACGGUUGAGGACAUUGACCACAUCGAGAUGGUCGGUGGCUGCACUCGUGUCCCCGCCAUCAAGGAGACCAUCAGCAAGUUCUUUGGCAAGGGCCUGUCAUUCACCCUCAACCAGGAUGAGGCUAUUGCCCGUGGUUGCGCUUUCUGCUGCGCUACUCUGUCCCCGGUCUUCCGUGUCCGUGACUUCUCCGUCCACGACAUCGUGAACUACCCCAUCGACUUCACCUGGGAGCAGUCCCCCGAGAUCCCCGACGAGGACACUAGCCUUACCGUCUUCGGCCGCGGAAACGUCAUGCCCUCCACUAAGAUCCUUACCUUCUACCGCAAGCAGCCCUUCGACCUCGAGGCUCGCUACAGCAACCCCGAGGGCCUGCCCGGCAAGGUCAACCCUUGGAUCGGCCGCUUCUCCGUCAAGGGUGUCAAGGCUGAUGCGAACGACGACUUCAUGAUUUGCAAGCUCAAGGCCCGUCUGAACCUUCACGGUAUCCUGAACGUUGAGUCUGGUUACUACGUUGAGGACAUGGAGGUUGAGGAGCCCAUUCCCGAGGAGGGCGAGAAGGAUGGCGAUGCCAUGGACACCAACGGUGACGAGCAGCCCAAGAAGACCCGCAAGGUCAAGAAGCAGGUUCGCAAGGGCGACCUGCCCAUUGUCUCGGCUACCGGCGGUACCGACGACUCUGUCAAGCAGGCCUGGGCCGAACGCGAGAACGCCAUGUACAUGGAUGAUAAGCUCGUUGCCGAGACUGAUGAGAAGAAGAACGAGCUCGAGGCCUCCAUCUACGAGCUCCGCGACAAGAUCGACGGUGUCUACUCCGAUUUCUUCAGUGACGAUGAGCAGAAGGCCAAUGAGGAGAAGGAGAAGCUCCGUUCCAAGCUGAUGGCCAUCGAGGACUGGUUGUACGAGGAGGGUGACGAUGCCAGCAAGUCCGUUUACGUUGCCAAGAUGGACGAGAUUCGCUUCAUCGUUGGCCCCGUCAUCCAGCGCUACAAGGAGAAGCAGGAUGAGGAGCGCCAGAAGGUCCUGAAGGCCGAGGAGGAGGCCGCCGCAAAGAAGCGUGCCGAGCUCGAGGCCAAGAAGGCUGAGGAGGAAGCCAAGAAGGCCGAGGAGGCCAAGAAGGAGGCUGACGCCGAGAUGAAGGACGCCCCCGAGGGUGAGACCGAGGAGAAGCAGUAA